UCACCUUGUUGCAUUUGCAAUUCUAUGACCUGAUGUGUUCAUGUCGACAGAGAAGACUAUUGGCCUUGUGUGUUUUAGCAUAUCUAUAGCCCUGACGACUGUUAAGAGAACCACUGUGAGGUUUCUGGUAGCCGUCAGCUCAACCCAACCUAACAUGCUCUAUUUAAGGAGCGUUCUUGUGGCCUCACUGAGCUGAAAUGAACAUCUUUACCAAAGUCCCAGGAUUAGUUCAACCAACCAGCAAGCUGGGGUCUGUGCUCCAACGUGCCUUCUACGGCUCCAGUGGAAGGGUGACCCUAUAUGAGCAACGUAACUUUGCAGGCAGACAUCUGGACCUGACUUCUGACUGUGCAAGGCUCAGUGAUAAGAACUUCCCAGAGAGAUGCAACUCUGUGCAGGUGGAGAGCGGAGCAUGGAUCGGCUACGAACAUGACAACUUCCGAGGUCGCCAGUACCUGUGGGACAUGUCUGACCGUGGAGAGUACAACUGCUAUGACAAGUGGUGUGCCCAGGCGGAUCACAUCUCCUCCGUGCGACCUGUCAAGCAGGACAACAACCCUGCAAAAGCUCAGCUGUUUGAGCGUGCCGGGUUCUCCGGUAAGAAGAUGGAGAUCCAGGAUGACAUUCCUAACCUGAUGAGCCGCUACAGCCUCAACAGAGUAGCCUCCAUACGUGUGCUCGGAGGAGCGUGGGUUGUGUAUCAGGAGCCAAACUACAGAGGGACUCAUUACAUCCUGGAGAAACGAGACUUCAACAACUUCUCAGAUUGGGGCAGCCAGAGCAACACUGUGGGCUCAAUGAGAAGAGUCCGCUUCAAUUAAUUCAGAUUAUCUACAGACUGUCUCGUUCAUUUCGACCAAACUAUAUUUACCAGAAUCACUUUAAUAAACUGAUUAUAUUUUUCAAAUCCCUUCAUUCAAAAAAAGUGCAGAAAAUGUCAAUGAAACAGUCAGCUUACAACAGCAUGCAGUGAAAACAACUCUACCAGACAUUAGCUCAAGAACAAACAAAGAAUUCAAAAUUAGUUGUUGAAAUCGAACUAAAAGUUGAUUUCAAUUUGUAAUCUGUAACUUUUUAAGA